CACUUUUUUUUUCCUCUCUCUCUCUAAAACCCUCUUCAACUCUUUCUGUCUGUGUCUCUCGUUCUAUAUGAUUACGUACAGAUCAGGCGGAAACCACUGUAUUUCCAUUUCUUUACAUCCUCCUCUCUCACUACUUUCUCUCUCUACAACUCCUCCGCUGCUUAAUUUCUAGGUUUGAGCUUCUUAUAAGCGGCGCUUCUCCGAUGUCGUCGUCGUCGUCGGCUUCCAAGGUCUGCUACAAUUCUGAGUGCAAGGAGGUGAAAUCGGAGUUUCCGAGAAAGGGCUGGCGGCUCCGGACUGGCGAGUACUGCGAGCUCUGCGAUCGGUGCUAUUUUGCUUAUGAGGAAGGGAGAUUCUGUGAGACCUUUCAUAUGAAUGCUGCUGGUUGGAGGUGCUGUGAGUCUUGUGGGAAGCGGGUUCAUUGUGGAUGCAUCGUUUCAAGUCACGCAUUUACACUGUUGGAUCCGGGAGGAAUUGAGUGCAUGACAUGUGCAAGGAAAAAUUAUGUAAUGACAUCAAACCCAGCAUGGCCAACAUCUAUGUUCUUCCAUUCACCUUUAUCUGAGAGACUUAAGGACCUGUCUACCAAAAAUUGGACUCAGUUGGCUGGAUCUGGUCCUGUACCAUGGAGGCAAGCGCCCAGUUUAUUCAAUUCUUCUAUUCCUUCAUCUGAGUUGCAUACGAGGGUGCCACAUGAAGUUGAUGGUUCAACUGGAAUUAACAAGCUUAAUGCCAGUGAGAGAAUAUUUGUCUCCACCUUGGAAAAGAAGAAAGUUGAGGAAUUUUCUGAAAGACUAAUGAAAGUAAACCUAAGUAUUGGCACACAACAAAGUCUUGAAAAUGGGAUUGGGAACCCAGGAAUUAACCAUGAGGAGAAAAGUAGUUCAUGUUUAAAUAUAUCCCAGCAGUCUGCCUCUUUGAAGGAGGAACCGUCUACUCCACAGUUUGUACCUUAUGGAUCUCCCAGUGAAACAAAUCCACAACUGGGGGUUACUGGAACUAAUUUGCGGCCAAUCGCUCCUUUGGCAAAGAAUUAUAAUGGUAAUGGAGUUGAAUCAUCUGGUGAUAAUCAGAUCCGCAAUGCAAGGCCUAGAGUAGAUGCCCGGGGAAGAAAUCAGUUACUUCCUCGGUACUGGCCUAGAUUCACUGAUCAAGAGCUGCAGCAUAUAUCUGGAGAUAAAAAUUCUGUAAUCACUCCAUUAUUCGAGAAAAUGUUGAGUGCUAGUGAUGCUGGGCGGAUCGGGCGUUUGGUGUUGCCAAAAAAAUGUGCAGAGGCCUACUUUCCUCCAAUUUCUCAGCCUGAAGGGUUACCUCUUAAAGUCCAGGAUUCAAAAGGCAAGGAAUGGAUAUUUCAGUUUCGCUUCUGGCCCAACAACAAUAGCAGAAUGUAUGUUUUGGAGGGGGUUACCCCUUGCAUACAAUCCAUGCAAUUGCUGGCCGGUGACAUAGUGACAUUUAGUCGAUUGGAGCCAGAAGGGAAAUUGGUUAUGGGGUUCAGAAAGGCUUCAACUUCCCUACAAUCUGAUCAGGAAAAUGAGGCAAACAAGACAACCAACGGAGUUUCAGCCCAUGCAGAAGUUGAAUUGGCAGAUCCUAGCUCAUGGUCUAAUGUUGAUAAGUCAGGUUACAUAGCAAAAGAAGCACUGGAAGAUAAAUCUUUGAUCCCUAAAAAAAGAAAGAACAGUAACUUGGGUUCUAAGAGUAAGCGUCUGAGAAUUGAAAAUGAAGACGUGAUAGAACUGAAGGUUACAUGGGAAGAAGCUCAAGGCCUGCUUCGUCCUCCUGCUAACCAUGUUCCCACUGUUGUGGUGAUUGAAGGCUUUGAGUUUGAGGAAUAUGAGGAUGCUCCAAUUCUUGGGAAGCCAACAAUUUAUGCGACGGGCAGAGCAGGUGAGAAGAUUCAGUGGGUUCAAUGCGAAGAUUGUUUCAAAUGGCGCAAACUGCCAAUCAAUGCUCUUCUACCAUCAAAGUGGACUUGUUCUGAGAAUUCAUGGGACCCUGAAAGAUCUUUGUGUUCAGCAGCUCAAGAAUUGACAACGGAACAGCUUCAAGAUUUGCUACCCCGCUGUAAUACAGUUGCUUCGAAGAAAUUGAAGGCUGCUAAACAGGACCCCGAUAACAUUGAAGUUCUGGAGGGGCUUGACACACUUGCGAACCUAGCCAUCUUGGGAGAGGGUGAGUCACUCCCAUCAUCAGCUCAGGCCACCACAAAGCACCCCCGACAUAGGCCUGGAUGCUCAUGUAUUGUCUGCAUCCAGCCCCCUAGUGGGAAGGGUCCUAAACACAAGCAAACAUGCACCUGCAAUGUAUGCUUAACAGUGAAGCGCCGCUUCCGUACAUUAAUGAUGCGGCGUGAGAAGAAACAGUCAGAUAAAGAAGCAGAAACUACACGCAGAAAGCAGCACAAGGGGCAAUUACUGGUGGUUGAUAAACCGGAGGAUGACACCCUAUCAUAUUGUAACGCAGGAAGCAGUAGUCCAAACCAGAAAAUAGAGAUCCUUGAGCUUUCCGAUGAUGACCUUAACAUGACGAAAUCCUCAACUUCACCUUUCAAAGGCCAAAUUGACCUGAAUAUCCAGCCAGAACGGGAGGAUGAGCUAUCACCUGGAUCCGAUUCAGGCGGCAUGAUGAAGUUACUUCACGAUGCCACAGCAAGGUAUCACAGGCAGCAAAGAUUGUCAAGCUCUGGUGGUAGUGAAAAGUCAUCAGGCAACGGGUCACAACGACCUGCAAGUGAAGCAGGAGGGGGAGAACCCCUCGGCAAUGGUGUAAACCUCGAAAGUAGCAAUGUUGUAAACCUCGAAAGUAGCAAUCAUGACAGCAGCAACGACUGUCCUGCAACUUUAUCCAUCAAACCAUCGGCAUCCAUGACUGCCACGGGAUAACAUCAAUGUCUUCUUCUGUGCAAUGAUAUGCCGGUCAUCAGCAACCUCCGGUGGUGUUCUGAACUGGAGAAUUUUGUUGUACAUUCAUCAACACCAGCACCGCGCAUCUCCACGUUUGUACAUAAAGAGGUGGAAAGACGGUAACUUGGUCGAGAAACUAUAAUUUGAUACGAUGUUGUCCUCUCCGAAUUAAUGUAAAUGGACACGAGAGCCGGUUUUUUUAACCGGAAAUCGAUGAAGGCGACUGAAGCGUGUGGCGGGUUGAAGCUACGCGGUUUCAUUUUAGAAGCUCAUCUCGAUACAUUGCUGUGAGACACUGAGGGAUGUAAUGUAACUCGUAUCUCUUUUCCCCCUAUUCAACUAGAAAUUGCAUUAUCUAUUGGAUAGGCUGUUAAGUUUUUACCCAUGUGUCUCGAGUUUGAAACUCUCUUCUAUAAAUUAUUGUAUUAGUUUCGAA